CUCCGAUGACCAAAAACUCGCCAUCGCAAAGCCCUCAACAAUAAUGUCCUCAGAGUCAUUAUCCACGGAGGCUUCGUGCUUGUCAACUAGCUCCAGCGCCCGGAGCCGCCGUUGCGUGGCCAGAGGAGAAAAGAGGAAUGCGCCCAUGAUGAAGGUUCAGGAGGAUUUGAAGAAGAGGCGCGCCGGCUCUGUUUCCAGCACCGGUCUAUUGCGGAGCCGCGCCGAAGACAUUUUGAAGUUGCUCUCUCGCGGUGGCUCAUCCGAAGUGAAGAUUCGUCAAGCACUUGGUGAUAGCCCUGAUACAAGCAAAGCACUCAGAAUGUUGUUGAAGAGGGAAGAAGUCAAAAGAUCAGGAACAGGAGGGCGUUCCGACCCCUUCCUCUACACGGUAACUAUGAUUCUCACACAAUUCUACUCGUAAGUUCUGGAUUUACAAUUAUUCUUAAAUAUUUAGUUAAUUAAGUUCUAGUACUUGUUUGAUAAUUUCAUGCAGAUAGCUUGAAAAUUUAGGGAUUAUUUAGAGUCUCAGUCAUGCCCACAACCCUAAAAGCGAGAGAAAGAAACAACUGUUGAUUAAUCUGAUAGUGGCUAAAUAGACAUAUUGAUAGCUAUAUGGCCUUAUUAGCUAGUAAGUACUAGUUACCCAUAUUUGUUGCUCUUGCUGAUGGGUUCUACUAAUUUCAGAUAUAAUUAGACAUAACUUGAGAGGAUAAAUUUCAGGUUUCAUCUUCAAGAGCUGCUCUUGAGAGUUGUAGUACAGUAGUAUAUACCAGAUAUAUAAUACAUAUAUGGGAUACGUACAGUAGCCGAUGUAAUGAUACU